AUGGGGCGUGCGAAGUGUUGGUUGGUCGCAGAGGAGGCGGCGGUGGACGAACGAACGAGGAAGGAGCGUCGACGAGGCGACAAGUGCUCGAGGGAGGCGCAGCUAAAGGCCGAGAAGGAGAGGCGGAAGGAGCCGGAGCAGGAGCAGGGGGCAGGCUCGUUCAGGUCGAAGUUAGAAGUCAGCAGGCUGGGAGGUCGGCUGAGUGAAGUGGUGGGUCCCGUCGUGGAGGAGGCCAUCGAGCCAGGGGAUGCGACUCCGCUGACGGGGCCCCCGAGGGAGUCCUCGGUUCCCCGAGCGCCCCCGCCACCCCCGCAACGCGUCACCACACCGAGACCGCCGAGACCUCCGCCCACUACGUCUCAGCAGACACAGAAACCGGGUCAUCAGGCCCUCGAGUCGACCUCGGACGGCCCGAAUCCGGGUCACCAGGCCCAGAACCCCGGCCAGCAGCCGCAGAACCCGAGCCAGCCGGCUGCGAACCCGGGGCCCCAGCAGAACCCUGCUCAGCAGAGCCAGAAUCCCGGCCAGCAGGCCGCGAACCCGGACCACCAGUCGAAUCCGGGCCCGCAGGCCCAGAACCCUGGCCAGCCUACCCAAGGCGCCAGUCGGCAGAAUCCUGCUCACCAAGCCACGCAGACUCAGGCUCAGGCUCAGACUCAGGCUCAGGCCCAGCAGCAACAACCUGCGCUCCAGCACCAAGUGUCUCAGUCCCAAGCGCAACCGCAGCCGCAGCCGCAAUCCCAGCCACAGCCAGCGCAGCAACCACAACCACAACAACAACAACAACAACAACAAUCGCAGGAACAACGUGCCGCCAGCAUGGGCACCGUGUUGUCGUUGACUCCGUGCGACAAACGCGGAUCGGUGUUCCCGCCAGCGGGUCACCAGCAUCCCGCCGACUUCACGCUGAACAAUUUUAAUUACGAACAGCUGAACAAUGCGAAGAACCGCGAGAACAAGAGCAGCGUCGCCGCGGUGGCGCCGGCGCCGCCCACCGGCCACCCGCCCACGAACAAGAACUCGUUGCAGAACAACAACAUCAACCUGAACAACAACGACAACGCCCGGAUCAUAUCCGAGAAGAACGCCCUCGAGAAGAACCUGAAGAAACACUCGUUGUUCAUCAACGCCCUGUCGUGGAAGCGGUUCAGCACCUCCAACAACAACAAGAAGAACCUCGACAACAACAACAAGAACACCGCCUUCAGGCAGCCGCUCGAAAACAUACCCAUCGUCGACAAAAACAAGAACAUACAGACGCCCCAGACGAAACCGCCAGCGUCGAACAACAACCAUGCAACGCACAACCCGACGUGCGAGAAGCUCAUGCAGAAGCCGUUACCUCCACUGUCCAGGAAAACUGUGAUCCAAGCCUCGACCUCCGAAUUGCUCAAGUGCCUCGGCGUCUACCUCCACAGGAAGUGCACCCGUUUAAGAGACUUCCGGGUGAACGACGCCGUCAUGUGGCUGAAAGCCGUCGACAGGAAUCUGGUGAUUCAGGGCUGGCAGGAUGUCGGUUUCAUGAAUCCUGCCACCGUUGUGUUCGUCUAUAUGCUGGUGAGAGAGCUGGUCGACGGCGACGAGGCCUCCGAAAGAGAGCUUCAGGCGACCGUGUUGACGUGCCUGUACCUGAGCUACUGCUACAUGGGCAACGAGAUCAGCUACCCGAUGAAGCCGUUCCUCGUCGAGGACCGUAAGGAGAAAUUCUGGGACAGGUGCUUGCUGAUCGUGAACCGACUCAGCGCCAAGAUGCUGCGAAUCAACAGCGAACCUGGAUUCUUCACCGAAAUCUUCACCGAGCUGAAGGUACGGCCUGCGGUACCGGAGGCCGAAGUAGUGUGCCUGGUAGCGGCCUCGAGCGGAGCCUCGUCGUCUCCGGAGUCGCGGUACCCACCAAGGCGGCUUGACGGAGCACAUACCUGCUGGUGCGCAUCGACAGGCACAGCUGCGACGUCACGACACUCUGACGACGGCCGUCACGACGAGGAGGACCUGCCCUCGCAGCUUGACCCCACCGCAUCGACCUCGACCUCGACGUUGCAACGACAGCAGUCUCAGCAGCAGCAACAGCAGCAGCAGCCGCAGACGCAGCAGCAGCAGCAACAGCAGCAGCCGCCGCACCAUCAUCAUCACCACCAUCCCCAUCACCAUCGAUCUAGCCGCGACGAAGGCGAGCCGCCGGCCGGCAGGUGUCCGUCCUGCGGCCAGAAGCGUCGGAUAGAGAUCUCGUACACGAUCGAGGAUUUGGACGCGAUCGAGCCGGCGCCGCUCGAGUCGCAGAGGACGCCCACCCAGAGGACCUGCAGCUGCGACGUCGCUGAGGCGCCCCGCGCCGCCGAGAGGGAACGCGGCGACCUGAGAAAGUACCGGAGCACCGACACCAGAUGGGGGGACAGCAGCUUCCUGUCGCCGGACGAAGCGAUCUGGGACCUGAAGAAGCGGACCGCCGAGGGCACCGAGUUCCGCUGGGAGCUACACACGUCGAACACCGACCUCGACCUGGCCAAGAAGACCAAAUGCAGCUACCACAGCCUCACGCCGGAGGAGAAGAAGCCGCACGACAUCCAGCGGGGCGACCUCAGGAAGCACCAUAGUGCGGAGACGGACAAGUGGUCGGUGAAGGUCGACUAUCUGCAGCCGCCUAUGCACGACCUGCGAAAGCACAGCAGCGACGACACCAGAAUGGCCAGGGAGGCCCGGUUCCUCCAGGUGCCGGAGGUGCUCCCGAACCCGAAGCCCAGGUGCACCUGUCCGAAAUCGAAGAUCCUGUCGCCUUCUCCACCGGCCCCGGCCCCGGUCCCAGCCCCGGUCCCGGUCCCGGCGCCGGUUCCGACCAAGGUCAAGACUCCUUCCCCGAAACCGGCGCCGGUCUUGACUCUGCCACCGCCGCCGCCCGUGUCGGAGCUGCUGGAAGAGCUGGAGCAGAAGGAGUCGGAGAAGCCUCCUCCGGUUGCUGCCGUCACGCUGAAGGAGCCGGAGAGGAAGCUGUACCACUCGGCGUCGUUGAACGUCGAACGACCACUUCCGGAGGUGCCGGUCGCCGCUGCGCCAGCCGGCGCCGCGCUGGCGCCCGCCGCGGAGAGGCCGGAGCUGAAGAAGCACGCCAGCGAGGACACCAGGCUGGUGCGGCGGGACAGGCCGAAGCUGGAGCGGUCGCACGCGAGAGUGGAUAGCCAGGCGUCGCGGAAAUGGGGGGCGAAGGAGAAGGUGGCCAGCCCGGAGGAGGGCAAGAAGCCGCGGCCGCGAUGGGCGCUGAAGCCGCACUUCUCGCUGCCGGUCGAGGAGAAGAAGUCCCGCUGGAGGAGCCAGGAAUCGAGCGAAGGCUUCAAGUCGAAGAGCCUGAAGGAACGGCCGAAGUACAGCAUCCGCAGGAGCAUGUCGCCGGAGCCGGACCCGCGGCAGAUCAGCAAGCUGGACAACAGGAUCGUGCGCCGGCUGAUCUCGCCCGAGAUCAUGAUCGCGGGGGCCAAAUGGGCGCCGUACGAGAACGACUCGCCGUUGCCGACGAUCGGCGUGAAGAAGCGGGAGCCGGCGAAGCACAUCAGCGAGAUCAAGUGGACGCCGUACGAAGGCUCGCCACCUCAGGACGAGGCCGGGGCCGGCGGCGCGAGCUUCGCGGUGGCAGAGCCGGAGGAGACCAAGUCCUGGUCGCCGUUCCACAACGUGACGCCGACGCACCACCCGCCGCCGGAGGCGACGCCCUGCCGCAGCGACGACGAAGAUUUCCGCUGGCGAAUCCUGAACCAGGUGUCCGCGUUCCCAAUAUAUCAAGCGUCACCGGUGAAGCGGCAGAGGUCCCAACAGCAGUACUCGCCGCAGCCGCAACCGGCGCAGCAGCAGAGGAAGAGCAUCUCGAAGCUCCGCGGCCUGUCGAAGAAGAAGCCGUUCGGCGCGAGGGCCCGCUCGGAGAGCGGCCGCAUGCCCGCACAGCCGCCGGCCCAGGCCGAGGCCGGGCUUCGGCACCCGGAGGAGCGGCCCGCGCCGCCGACGGUGAUCGUUCGCGCGGCCAGCGAGGAGCCGAAGAGGCAGAGGCCGCAGCUGACCCGGUCGAAGGCGCUGCUCGAAGUGCCGGUCUCGGCCGGCAUCGGGAAGAGAUCGUUGAGCGAGGAGGUGCCGCGCGCGCGGGGCCGCGACCGUCCGCGCGCUCCCCACAGGGCCCGCAGCGAGGAGGCGCCGAGAUACGACGAUCCCUGGUACGCGAAGCGGGACGGCCUGGGCCGCCAGGCCACCGAACUGAGGGAGUACGUGACGACGGUUUAGACACGGGGGCUGAAACAUUGACGGUACUCGAAAUCAAGCGACAAUGUUAUUUUGUAAACGACUAUUCAUUUACACCACCGUGCUGAGAGCGGGGGUGGGGGAGGGGGCGUAGUUAGCUCGCUUAGAUGAUUUUGUACCGAGUUUUCCGUAGCAAGCCGGCAGAACGAUGAACAUUCACACUAGUGGGAUGGCGGCAGUUCUAUGUUUUCGUCUGCGUUCGCUUUGUCUAAAUUGCACACACACGCGCGCGACGUGAGGAUAGAUCGUAGAAAGAGAGAGAGAGAGAGAGAGAGAGAGAGAGAGAGAGAGAGAGAGAGAUGGGGAGAAAAAGAGAGAGAGAAUGAGAGAGAGAGAUCAUACACACCGCGGAUUCAUGAGAGCGAACAAAAGUCAGACGGGAUUCGAAUGAUCCUCGAGAUGGCCCGCUUCUGCGUUGGCCUACGAAGACCGAGGGGAUCGAGGAAACAGCGAGAGAAACGAGUCCCAGCAGGGUCGAUGACAGCUUCCGAGGCGAAACAGCGGUGAUCACCCGCAGGAGAGGUCCAGGACCCAAUCCUAGACGAAAACGGAACAAUCUUUUGUGAACUUUCUCGGCGACAAUGAACACCGAAGAGUGCUGCAGCUCGACGACGCGUCUAUUUCGCGGCGGCGAGCAGGUGGCACGGAGAGUUCGCGUGGGCGCCGUUUAAUCGAUUACGAUAGCCGAUUACGUACAGAGCAUGUAAUACUCGACUUAAAGGUACACCGACUUAACGAUAAUAAUUACGAGCUUAGUUGUUAAGCGUAGCUGAUGUAAGAACACCGUGCGUGCGAAGCCGGCGGAGAAGGAGCCGCGCGAUCCGCGCGCGUUCCCCCGGAGAAAUGAUCGCGCGGAUCGCGCGGAGACCGUCGCGUCCGGUCGUCGUUAGUGAUGGGGAGGAAAGGAAGAGAAAGGAACAACGUGAACAAAUUCGGAAACAGGAUGCCCAACGUCUCGUGUUCCAGGGACAGACGGGGUAACCAAAGUUCGUCCGGUGAGUCGUCGGGGCUCGUCGAGAGAGAUGGACACCUUCGCUACGAUUCCUUUCUGUUUCGUCGGGGCUGAACCGCGGGAUAGAUCCCCUAGAUCCGCGUGUCGUUAACGACGAGGUCUUUCCCACAAGUUCCAAGGAAAUCGGUACCUGGCCGGUCGAGAGAUUCGCGAGUGCUUGGCCCGUUCAUCGAAAGAAGACGCCUGUCCGGUUGCUUCGAGUCAGAGAACAGGCGUUCUCUGUCGCGGAAACGGGCCGCGGCGGUUCUAAAACAGGCACCGAGUGGUAUCGCGUCGAUAUUAUUCGAAUCGGAGUCGAGCCGAAGCCGAACUAUUGUCUUCGUGCUCUGCGAUCUUGCAAACGUGCGCACCGCGCCGCAAACGUGUACGCAGACCGACGCUAAACGAUUUCCGUCGUGAAAGAAGCGUAAAAGACUGUGAAAUUAAGGAUGUGCCGAUAUAUCGAUUCUAGUCAAAGCAUAGUACUUUUGCGAGCAGGUAUCGAUUUCGCUGGUUCAACGAUCGUCGGGAUCUGUCCCGCGAGGCCCGUGCAUACGCAUAAAUUAAGUUGAUUCGUUAUCGAAAGGGGGCAGCUAUAGCGCGGCUUUCCAGCGAAGCGGCGAUCGUUAGCGGCCCCCGGUGUGCCGGUGCGUGCAAUAUUAAUUAGAGAUAUUACAUUAUAGCUGAUCGAAUAGCCAGUUAAGGAUGGGGUACUAAGGUUUAAGCGACAGGUUACGCGAGUAUCCAGGUGAAUCGUUACGGCUGCGUGCUCGGUUGCCGACUCGCGAGCAACUUUUCAGUAGCGACUUUUCAAUUCGCUGUCUCUGUCUAUCUGUCUGUCUGUCCGUCUGUCUAUCCGUGAGCCCAGUUUCAGUUUCCGACCCGCUCGCUACAGCUCCGAUAAGUUUCCAAGCGUUCUCGACGAUCUCGUACCGUUCGUCGGAUUUUCGAGUACUGUAUUAUACUCACGCGUGCACACGAUAUACAAGCCCACACAUACAAGCGCAUACAUACGCGCCUCUGGGAGACGAGAGGGUGCAGCGGUUGGCUGUAAUCCGGCCUGUCCGCUGAUCUCUCGGAUUCCAGCGGCGUACAGUCGAUCGUGUCCAGAUUUUUGAUAUUAUUCCCGUUACUCGGACGCGCUUCUCCGGACAGAGAGGAAGCCGCCGUCGAUACCGCAUUCUCCAUUUCGAUUUCAAACCGAUUAUUUGACACCCGCGCACACGUUCGUACAUACACACAGGACACGCGCAUACACGCAUCCGUACGCACACGAACACGGAAGACACACACCGACCUUUCUGCCCCAAGAAACCGCGCGCGCGCGCGCGCGUCGCUAGUCGGCGAGGAACGAGAAAGUAAAAUGACAAAAUGGAUGCGAGGCUGCUGCGGAAAUCGUUCGCGAACGUGACACGCGUUCGGGCAUCGUCGCCGCAGAUUUUGUACAUAUUUUUCAUAAUAAACGGUACGGUAGGGUGUAAUCGGAAAUUGCGAGGUCGAUCUCGGGCACCGGUCUCGCGAUCCCGUGAUUUCGUGGUUUGCCAAAGAGAGCAAGAAGAGAAAACACGAUCGCCGUCAGAGGCAAGGCGGAACACCUUUUCUAGGGAGAAUCUUCGCGAGGAUUCUCGCGAUCUUCGUCCCGGGUUUCACGUUAUUUCUCGUUCAGAGGUUCGCGUUCGCUUGCCCUCGCGGUUUCUCGAUGUCGUCCCGCGCUGAAAUCGACCCCUCGCAUUCUACUGAACGAACGCGCUGCCCGAGUUGACGAUUCGACGUUGCGGUUAUUCGGAACGAGAUCAUAAGAAACGGGAAACGAGAAGACAAUCCGGCGACGCACGCUCGACGAUGGCCGCGAGAGAGAUCGACGGUCUUGAAAACUGUUAUGACAGCGAUUUCGAUGCUCGGAAGUACCUGCGUUUCGAACGAUUGUCACGGAGAACCGUUCCCGUUGUACACCAGUUCGUAGAAACGUUGGCAGUAGUAGUAGCAGACUGCAAUCCUUUGCAGUCUGAUUUAUUUUUCGUUAAUUUUCGUUAUAUCCGAAGUCAAGUUUUACGUACGCGUAGAUGCUAAUAACAAGAAACGUUGAUUUCAUUAGUGUAGGUUGUCCUUUUUAGACGCUAAGGGCUGGGACAUAUGUGUCCCAUUGGUUACAUGUAAACAAAUGCGUGCGUGUUAUGCAUUCUAAGAAUGGUAUAUUCGCGUAUUGCGGAAAAGCGGGAUUUAUUUCUCCCAAUAGGCGUACGAAAUACAUAGAUGGAACGCAUAUGUCCCGAUAGACUCCAAAGGGUUAAACAGAUAGUAAUGACUGGGCUGCAAAUCGUCGCGCAGAAUAAACAUCUUCGGAGUUUCUUCUCAGAAAGAGAAGUUGAAAAAAAUAUAUAUGUCCCUGUAAAAUCCGCGCAAACGCGUAACGUCUUCGUGAUGUACAAUCGAAAAUCUCGGUUCCCUGUAACAAUCCAUUCGAAGAAAGGUUCUCUCUACCCAGUCUUUUUAUCGAAGCCUUAGCAUAACAGUUGCAAACAGUUACGUAUUUUCAAAACCGUUCGAAGAACUGGUCACCCUCGAGUGCAUUUCGUUUCCCCGGAUUUGCUUCUUGUUCGUCGAUAAGUGAAAAAUUACAAAAAAAAGAAAAAGGAACGAAGAGGCGGAAGAGAAGAAAACUCACAGAGAGAUAGAGAUUAUUUUCUAAAGAAGAGAAACGUGGAAGAGUGAGAGAGCGAGAAAGGAAUCGUGAGAACGAAACUGCGUGCCAGAAAGAGAGAGAGAGAGAGAGAGAGAGAGAGAGAGAGAGAGAGCGAGAGUGCGAGUGAAUGAAGCUGAGAGAAGCGUAGCGAAUCUAAGCGAAACGAGAUGAAAUACAUGGACGACGAGCUUUUGCGGGAAUCGCGGGUGCAAGAGAGAAAGACGAAGAAUGAUGGUACAAGUGGAAGAGGCGCCACGGGGUGAAAGAUUGUUGAUUUCGUUUCCUCGGCGUGUUCCGCGCGACCUCGUGCUUGCGAAUUUUUUCAACGAAGCGCGCGUCGCAUUGAACGGGAUCGGCUAAGCCGAUCGAGAAGAGGACAAAAACGAUAGACGAGUAGUAUAUAAUAGAAGAUGAAAGAAGCGUGGACGUUGAAGUCGAACCAUGUCUAAAAAGAAUUUAACCGCGCGCGCCUGAUUUGACCGUUGCGAUAGCGUGCACGAUGUUCUCGCUUUAAGUAUACUUGUAAGUAUCGUUUAAAAGGGGGGGAAAGGGGAGGGGCGGCAGCCUGCUGACGAGAUUAAUUGCUCCAUUAGUUGCGAUUCGAAAGGAUACAAUAUAUUCGAUUAGUUGGCCGAGUUUCUAUCUUCGUGGCUAGCAGUCUGUGACUUUCUUUCUUUCCGCGGCGGGGGGGGGGGCGGCUGCGUUUGAUCUCGAGAAAGAAGAACGGAGAGAACGCGCGUAUGUACUUUCUUCUUCGUUCGACACUUAGGGUUAAUUCUAGCAUAGAUCGUUCCAGCGAGUAUAGCAAAGCUACCGAUUUUACUUCUCCUACCCCCGAAGGCUCCGAAACUUUCUAGCGACACUUGUUCACUCUCGUUCUAGUCACAUGGACACGUACACACAGAAAGACGACAUAACCACACACAUAUACACACACAUAAGAAAACCACACACGCGACAGAGCACACGUGGCAAUGCAUGUAUAUCUCCCCCGCAGUCCGACUCGGAUCGUUUUAGACGUAGGAGCUCCCUUCUUUCCAUCGAAUUCGUUUCUAUCGUAGCGUUUAACGGUUAAUCGAGCGAUAAGCUCGCGAAUACUUACCGAGAAAAAGGCUGUUGUUGCAUUUAUUGUUUAUAGUUCGCUACCGAUUGCACGGGACGGCUCCCGCGAGCCGGCCUCGGUCGACGUUUCUCGAGAUCAGACGCGCGUGUACGCGGUUCGCGCGUCGACGGCCGUCCGGAAUUCGCGUAAACCGGCGUCCCCGAUCGAUCCGUGAUAGCACCAUCUAUUUUUCCAAUAGUGCGCACGAUCUCCGAACCGUGAAAGUGCACGAGCGACCCCUUACAAGCAUCCAAUCACGAUCUGUCUCCGGAAUUUGAAACGCGAGAGCGACCAAAAGACCGCGGAUCCAGUGCGUUUUCAACGAAUGUUGUUUCUGCAACGAAAUUCUGCGCGAAGCUUCAUUGGAAGCCUGCGAAGAUGGAGAUCGGCGUGAACAUCCGCGGUCCGACGACGAACUAAUUUAGGGGUGCUAAGUGGUCGGGAAGCUGUGGCCGAUUUCUCUCGAAAGUUUAGGGGACGCGGCAGUCGACGCGUCGAGAAACGAACGCGUUCUCCAUCGAGACGGUGCACGCGGAUUGCGCUCGCCUCCGGUCCCGGUGUUUGCUGUUCGUUCGUUCCGCGUCCUCGACGCCGAGGGACAACGGGAGAUCAAUCGUGGGAGUCCCUUUCUUCGAGGAACGGGAGAUCAAACGAUGGGAGUCCGUUUCUUCGCGGAACGGGAGAUCGAUCGAUGGGAGUCCGUUUCUUCGCGAAACGGGAAAAGCAAACGCUCCGGGUCGUAUAGGACCCUUACCGGACCUCGUUCCGAUCGGAAAGGGGUUGCGUUCGUUCGCUGGAUAAUCGGCGAAACGCCGGGGAACGUCGUGGCGAUCGGCUCGCUUCCGGACUGGCGGCGUGCGCAACAAAGGGAAAAGGGAUCGAAGCCGCGGUUACGGUUCCAAAUCGGGGAAGGAUGUACUAUAAUAGCGCGCCGCGUAGCGAUUCGUUUCUUCUCGAGCGUACACGUGAGAGCAGCGUAUACAUAGCUAAAUACAUAACUAUAGGUUCUUUCCUUCGUAGUGCGUACAGUAAUAAUUGAUUCCGGCGCGUCGUUCGCGCGCACUGUAUAAAAAGAAAAGAAGAUUACUAUACAUAGCCGACGCUGGUGACCACGUUUGAAUUGGUUGCGUGACCGGCUCUGGGACACGUCUCGUUCACCCGAGACCAGAGACGGAAAAGUGAUUCGCGAAUAUGCACGUUUGCUUCUAUUCGAGGAGAGGUCAGAUUCGGUCACGUCGAAACGCUGUAAAAACGAAAAAUGAAAAAAAUACAUUGUAUCUGUGCUGCCAUUAGCGUUUAACAAAAAAAAAAAAAAGAAAACAUGAGUGAACGAGGGGAGAGUGAGAGAGUGCGAGAGAGAAAGGGGAGCGUGCAUGCGUGUGCGAAAGAUAGGGAGAGAACGGAGAGAAUCGAAAGAGCGAGAAAGAGAUUUAAAGUGGACAGACGAAGCCAAAGUAUAUAAUUAAUGAGAAAUAAAACACCCGGGUUAUACACUGAUCAUGUACACGUACACGAUGGAACGUGGACAGAGGAAUAUAUUAUAUAUACAUACACACAUACACGUGCUGUAUACACGUUCGUACAUGCAUACAGAAAUACAUACAUUCAUGGAGUAUAGACAUAUAUACAUACAUACAUACAUACAUGCCACCAACAAAUAAAAAGAACACACAUACACACAGACAGACACCCGACGAUGUAAUUAAUAAGUACUUUAAUCCCGAGAAAAAUUCGUUUCGCGGUACAAGAGAAUGAUUUUAGGAGCCUUCGUGUUGAAUAAUUAGCAGUCUCAUUCCAUGUAUCAUAUAAUCGAGAGAUCGAGUGACCGUGAUCAGUACGUAUAUAACGAUAAAAUCAUUAAAUCAACAAAAAAAAAA